UGCUCAUGCUCGGAGCUUUGUCCAGGAGUUUCACCGUUGAAAAACCAGCUGUGCGAGCAUCUUCACGAAGGGGACUCGUGUUGUUAUUCAUCGGCGAAUAUCGCUCUCUCUGACAAGGAUUAAAAGGAUUUUAAUGCAAAUAACUCGUUAUCUUCGGUGAAUGCGCCUAACCUGGACGUGGGAAAAAGCGGAACGGAGAACGGUCAACUUGAUCUAUUUGUCCGGGUUGCUGCAUUCUCCACCGCAGCGAACAACAUCCAAAACCGACUCUUGCAAUGGAAAUAGGAAUCCAGAACUAACAUCAAUCCUGUGACAAACUCUUUUCUUCCAGUUUUUCUGGAAACAUUAGAAUGGCGAACUUGAAAAUUGCUUGGAAAAUACUUCAUUUAGAAUAGGCCUACAACUUAUACACAACAAUUUUCUUUGGUUUUUUAAAAUGGCUUCUUAGCCUGAGGGAAUAACGGUGUGUGCAUUCAUUAGUUCAAGAAAGUUUAAUAGGAGUGCAUUAAAGUCAGUGCAAAUUUCCAAGCUUCGUUGUCCGAUGAUGCUCUAACGUUAGUUGCCUGAGAUGACUCUAGCAAUAUGCUCAGAUUUCAGAGUUAUGUUUAUAUAGUCUAUAAAUAAGCCUAUUUGGACGUUGAGUGUAUGUAUUAUUACACUUUAUGGCUAUCCCAUGCAUACGCCCAUGCUUUGUUUACAAAUGAUGUAUUACCAAUAAGUGACGUAUAGUUGGUCACUCCAGCUGUUUAAGUGUGAAUAAGGGAGUCUUCACCAGAAAAGUAGACCUUUACCUGUUUCUAAAGUAGAAUGGGUGGGGACUGCCGCGGAAUGCGUCGACGCACAUGGACUAAAUAUUCAAAUACGAGACCCCAGGACAUACAAAUAUAUUUCGGGGCAUUUCUUAUGCUGUACUUGGUGUUUUACACCGAAGCAUCAGUCUCCAAGUCCUGUGAUAAAAAUUGCUUCUCUGGGAAAUGCACCAAUGGGACUUGCGUCUGUGACCAAGGAUGGGUUGGAGACCUGUGUCAACACUGUCAGGGAAGAUUCAAGUUAACAGAGCCAUCGGGUUCCCUCACCGAUGGACCAAUCAACUACAAGUACAAGACCAAGUGCACCUGGCUGAUCGAGGGCUACCCAAACGCUGUGCUCAGGUUGCGCUUCAACCAUUUUGCCACGGAAUGUAGCUGGGACCACACAUACGUCUAUGACGGAGACUCCAUCUAUGCACCUCUGGUCGCAGUAUUCAGCGGUCUCGUUGUCCCGGAAACGAGAGGGAACGAGACUGUUCCGGAAGUGGUAGCCACCUCUGGAUAUGCACUGUUGCACUUUUUCAGUGACGCUGCCUACAACCUGACUGGAUUCCACAUAUCCUACUCGGUCAACUCGUGCCCCAAUAACUGCUCAGGCCAUGGGAAAUGCAGCACAGGGAACUCCAUCGCCAGCCGGGUGUACUGUGAGUGUGAUAAGUACUGGAAGGGCGAGGCCUGUGACAUCCCCUACUGCAGGAACAACUGUGGCAGCCCCGACCAUGGCUACUGUGACCUCACUGGGGAGAAAAGCUGUGUCUGUAACGACAGCUGGCAAGGUCCAGACUGUGCUCUGUCAGUACCAUCCACAGAGUCUUAUUGGGUGAUGCCCAACGUCAAGCCCUUCGGACAGUCUCUGGGCAGGGCCUCCCAUAAGAGUGUGGUCCACGGGAAACUCAUGUGGGUCGUUGGAGGAUACACCUUCAACUACAGCUCCUUCCACAUGGUGCUCAAUUAUAAUAUGGAGAGCAGCACUUGGGAUGUGGUGCCAAUCAAUAGUGGUCCUCUGCAGAGAUAUGGCCAUUCUCUGGCUCUCUACCAGGACGACAUCUACAUGUAUGGGGGGAAGCUGGAGGCCGGUUCAGGCAACGUGACAGAUGAGCUGUGGGUCUUUAACAUCCCUAGUCGAACUUGGUCCCUGAGGACCCCGAGCAGCCUGGUCCAGGGACAGCCCUACGCCGUGGAGGGACACUCCGCCCACCUGACUGAGCUGACCAAUGGGGACCUGGUGAUGGUGAUCAUUUUCGGCUACUCACCCGUCUACAGCUACAUCAGCAAAGUGCAGGAGUACAACAUCAGGACAAACUCCUGGCAGGUCCCUGAGACCAACGGGGCCAUCGUCCAGGGUGGCUAUGGCCACAGCAGUGUGUAUGACAGCUCCGGCAGGUGUGUUUACGUCCACGGGGGCUACAAGGCCCUGCCUGCCAACAAGUAUGGCCUGGUGGACGAGCUGUAUCGCUAUGAGGUGCAGACCCGGACCUGGAUGAUCCUUAGAGAGAGUGGUCUGGCACGGUACCUCCACACUGCAGUGCUGAGCAAUGGGGCUCUGCUGGUGUUUGGAGGAAACACCCACAAUGACACGUCCCUCAGUAACGGAGCCAAGUGCUUCUCGGCUGACUUCCUGGCCUACGACAUAGCUUGUGAUGAAUGGAAAGUCCUGCCCAGGCCAGAUCUCCACCGUGAUGUCAACCGCUUUGGCCACACCUCUGUUGUCAGCAAUGGGUCCAUGUAUGUGUUUGGAGGCUUCUCUGGUGUGCUGCUGAAUGACGUGCUGGUCUACACCCCUCCCAGCUGCCAGGCCUUCGAUGAGGAGCAGCGCUGUGCCAACGCUGGCCCUGGUAUCCGCUGUGUCUGGUUCAAGGACCACUGUGUCCCUUGGGACACCGGCCAUGCCAACGGCAGCUUGCCCGCUCUCUUCUGCCCACCACGCACCAAUAGUGAAGACGAGAGGUGCUUCAGGUUCUCUGACUGUGUCAGCUGCACUGCCAACACCAACGGCUGCCAGUGGUGUGAAGACAAGAAGUGCAUCUCUGCUUCCAGCAACUGCACUGUGCUGACCCUGGAACUUGCGCAGCAGCAUAGAGGUCCUCUGUCCCUGGCCCCUCCCCCGUCCAUGCUGUCUGAACAACAGCUCUCUGUGUGGAAGCAAGGGGCAAAGAGGAUGGGACAUUCUGUAAAGAACUUUGUCAAAUGCCAUGUGAGAAAUGAACAUAUCUGCAGCAAGCUGGUCAACUGUAAGAGCUGCUCCCUCAACCUCCACUGUCAAUGGGAGCUUCAGCAACAGGAGUGCCAUGCCAUCCCUGCUCAGCUCUGUGGGGAAGGCUGGCAUCAUGUUGGGGAGGCUUGCCUCAGGAUCAACUCCAGCAGGGAGAGCUAUGACAAUGCCCAGCACUACUGUAAGAACCUGGAUGGGAACAUAGCCUCCCUCACCACCGCCAAGCAGGUGGACUUUGUACUGGACGAGCUGCAGAAGUACCAGCUACAAGAGAAGAAGUUAGCACCGUGGGUGGGCCUAAGGAAGAUCAACAUCUCGUACUGGGGCUGGGAGGACAUGUCUCCCUUCACCAACUCCUCUCUGCAGUGGCUGCCCGGGGAGCCCAGCGACUCAGGCUUCUGUGCUUACCUGGAGAGGGUAGAGGUGGCAGGGCUCAAGGCCAACCCCUGCACCGCCACAACUGAUGGACUCAUCUGUGAAAAACCAGUCGUGAGCCCCAAUCAGAGUGCCCGUCCGUGUAAGGUGCCCUGCUCCCUGCGCACCACCUGUGCCAACUGCACCAGCCAGGCCAUGGAGUGUAUGUGGUGCAGCAGCACCCAGCGCUGUGUGGACUCCAACGCCUACGUCAUCUCCUUCCCCUACGGACAGUGUCUGGAGUGGCAGACUGGAGACUGUGUCUCUCAGAACUGUUCGGGCCUGAGGACGUGUGGCCAGUGUUUGGAUCAGGCAGAAUGUGGCUGGUGUGGAGACCCCACUAACACAGGGAAAGGCCAGUGUAUGGAGGGUUCAUACCGCGGGCCCAUGAAGAGCCCCUCCAGACAGACCAGAGAAAGGGAGAGUUCCCGAGACAUGUUACUGGAGCCUGGUCUUUGCCCUAGAGAUAAAGGGUUCGACUGGGCCUACAUCCACUGCCCUGCCUGCCAGUGUAAUGGCCACAGUACCUGUGUCAAUGGCAGUGCUUGUGAGCAGUGCAGGAACUUGACCACUGGACUGCAGUGCCAGACCUGCAUGCCUGGUUACCAUGGAGACCCCACUAACGGUGGGAAGUGCCAGGCUUGCAAGUGCAACGGACAUGCCAAUCUAUGUCAGGUGUCGACAGGGAAAUGUUACUGUCAAACCAAGGGAAUCAAGGGAGACCAGUGCCAGCUUUGCGACUCCGAGAACCGUUACCUUGGCAACCCCCUCAGAGGGACGUGCUACUACAACCUGCUGAUUGACUACCAGUUCACCUUCAGCCUUCUGCAGGAGGAUGACCACCACUACACCGCCAUCAACUUCAUGGCCACCCCUGAACAGAGCAACAAGAACUUGGACAUGUCGAUCAAUGCAUCCAACAACUUCAACCUCAACAUCACCUGGUCUAUUGGAUCAACAGCUGGCACCAUCUCUGGUGAAGAGGUGCCCAUUGUGUCCAAGACCAAUAUCCAGGAACACAGAGACAGCUUCUCCUGUGAGAAGUUCAACUUCCGGGUCAACUCCAACAUCACCUUCUAUGUCUACGUCAGCAACUUCUCCUGGCCAAUCAAGAUCCAGAUCGCCUUCUCCCAGCACAACAGCAUCAUGGACCUGGUGCAGUUUUUUGUCACCUUUUUCAGCUGUUUCCUGUCCCUGUUGCUGGUGGCAGCGGUGGUGUGGAAGGUCAAACAGACGUGCUGGGCAUCCAGGAGGAGAGAGCAGCUCAUGCGGGAGCGACAGCAGAUGGCCAGCCGUCCCUUUGCCUCGGUUGCCGUGGCGCUGGAUGUAAGCGUCGGCCAGGAACAGGAAGAGCUGCUGCAGGGGCAGGUGGAGGGUGUGCCCAAGCCUAUAGCAGUGGAGCCAUGUUGGGGGAGCAGGGCCGGCGUACUGACCGUCCUCUUGUGUCUGCCCAGACUGCCUUCAGGAAUACCCCCACCUGGCCAGUCUGGCAUUGCCAUCGCCAGUGCCCUGAUUGACACCUCGCAGCAGAAACCUGGAGACUUCAAAGAUAAGUAUCAUGGCCUGAAGAACCGCAAACUGCACGCAGUAACACAUCAGGGGACCUGUGUUUGAACCGCCUGACCAAAAGGGGAGCCUGAAUGCACCUGAAAGGACCGCGAACGCUUCUGUUUUAUGAUGAGUUCUUGCUCUAUUUUUAUCAGUCUUUCAACAACCCGGCGUGCUGAAGUGAACCUGGUGAUAACAGAAUCCCUUUAUUGAGAUGUUGAGUGUCAGCAAGCAAAGUGUGCCUCAUCCCCACGCCCUGUAAUGUUGUUUUUUUCCCCAGAGUGACUUGUCUGCUCUCUGGUUGGAUCUCUGCCCAGCCCAGCUGGAGGGUUCUGGACAUCCCAUUGGCUCUCUGCCAUGAAGUUUGUAGUCUGCACUUCCUCCCUGUGAACACAUCUCCUUAAGAGUUCAGGAAGAGCAGGUCGCCACUGGAAGUUUGAAUGUCAUUGUGACAUGAGUCUGAAAGAACAAUGCCAAGGGCCUCUUGCUGGUGAGAUGUGUGCUCAUUUUGAUACAAAGAUAAAAGCUCUUUUAAGUUCAAUCCAGGCUAGAUGAACAGAGCAGCGUAUGGGUCUAGAUAGAAUAGCUUGUGACUUGACUAUAUGGUUGCCUCACUCUGAGGUAAUGUAUCCUGUGCUGAGGAUUCCUCCCAUGACUUAGCCUACCAGCAGUACAGCAUGUCAUGGCCUAAUGAAGAAGUCGGAUGCAAAGAACAGCGGGAAAAAAGGAAGAAAACUGGUGUCAGUAUUGAAACAUGCCUGUGUUUGUUAUGUUUAACUUCAUUGUCAAAGAGCAAUGGCAUAACAUUUAGAAUGGCAUUUAAAUGCAUGUCCUCUCCAUGUGUCCAAAAUUAUUAGCACCCUUGAUAAAGAUGAGCAAAAAAUACUGCAUAAAAUUAAUAAUACAUAAUACUGUGCUAUAUUGUAUGUAUAUAUGAAAUAAAGGAAAAUUAUAUGAUUUUAUACCAAUACAAAUGCUCAUAGAAAGAGUUUAAGUAAUGAAAAACAUUCUCAAAAAGAUAGGGUCAAAAUUAUUGGCAGCCCUGUUUUGAAUACCCUUUAAUACCUAUUAUAAUAAUAAUCAAAAUAAUAUAUGCCAAAGUUACUUAGUCGUGUGUGCAUACAUUUUCAUAUGGGUAGUCCCAGCGGGAACACACACAAUACUUCACCUUGCAAGGAUAAUAUGAGAUUGAAGAACGCAUUGGGAGGUAUUUUAGACCAUUCCUCCAUACAGAAUCUUUCCAGAUCCUUAUCUGCUGCCCUUUUCAAUUCAAACCACAGGUGUUCGACCACAGAUUUCCUGAGACAAAUGACCAUUGCAAAAUGUUAAUUUUGUGGUCAAUGAACCAUUUCUUUGUGGAAUUUGAUGUGUACAUCGGGUUAUUGUCUUGCUGGAAGACCCACUUCGAGCCAAGUUUCAGCCUCAUGUCAGAGGCAGCCAGGUUUUUGGCUAAAAUGUCCUGGUACUGGGUAAAGUUUAUUAUGCCAUACUUAAUAAGGGCCCGAGGACCAGUGGACGCAAAAUAAUCCCAUAACAUCAAAAAUCCACCUUAUUUUACAGUGGGUAUGGGGUUAUUUUCUGCGUGUGCAUCCUUCUUUCAACGCCAAAUCUACCACUAGUGUGCGUGGCCACAUCCUAUAUAUAUAUAUAUAUAUAUACUCGUUAAACGAAAUAUCUUUGCCUGAGCAAUUGUAUUAGUGUAAAAUAAUAGAAGUAGAAACAUUUUUUUUGCGUAAAAUAUAGCUCAGUAUUUGUAUUUUCUGCUCAUCUUUAUCAAGGGUGGCAAUCAUUUUGGACCUGACCGUAUGUCAAGAUGUUUCAACAUAUUUCUCAGUAUCCGUCAACACAUAUACUUUAUACAUAUCAAGACUCCUUGAUUUAUUUAAGUAUAGAUUUAGAACACAAAAUCAUAUUUUAAUUGCUACUCCUUUUUUCUUUUUUUGUUGCCAUAUUUCAUUGUGAUUGUGUAUGAUUGUGUUUCUAAGGGAAUGACAAGGGCAUACAGUCAUAAAACAAAUAACAACCAAUUGUAGCUCUAAUGUUUUCUUGUACAGUAUGUUAAUAAGACAAAAACCAAAUGAUUAAUUUAACCUCCAUAUCCAGGUCGAUUAAUUUGUGUAACACACUAACUCAGCUUGGAUCCUGCAACUCUAUUCAGCCAAUACCAUUCUCAGUUCCAAAAUGCUACAUAUGUUUCCUUUCCUACUCUCUACCUGGGAUUUCUUCAAGGAAGGGAGGGAGGAAGCAUGCAUGCAUUUUUUUGGCAUUUGGGCUGUUUGUUUUCUCUGUAUGACUUUGAAGUUUGUUGUGUUUACACUUCUAUCCGAAGCAUCCUAUGUUCUGUGUCACGCUUUGUCUUGUAAAUCAUUGUAAACAAACCCUAAUAAAUUAUCACACUUUUAAAUGUACAUAGGAAAUGUAGAAAUGUGAUAAAUCUGAUGUUUUCCGGUCAGGUGAACUACAUAUAAUGUAUUUUACACAGAUCUGUUGAAAUGUGUAUGAAUGAAGAGCAGCUCACCUCAUUAUUUUGUUCAUUAUGGGCAUAUUAUGUAAAGUUACAAUUAAACAUUUUGAUGCUUCUUCAUACUGUGAUUAAAACA